GCACCACCCUUCCAGGCUAGUAAGUGAGAGAGUAACUGUUAAGGAUAAAAGAGUUAGAAUAGUGAGUUUUGUCUUUAAGCAAAAGAAGAAAGUAGAGAGAAAGAUGUACAUAUGAACCAAAAGAAAGGAACUCUAGGAAUUACUACAACUCAACCUGAUUUGGUGUUCUGCUACUACCAUUGUAAUCAUUGUUAUUAUUGUUUUCUGCACUAGCGGUUUUGCUAUCUCUGGGCCAUGGCAUUUGUUGAGACUGUGUUGCCCUCAGUGGGUCUACUGGGUGGAUUCAACCACUUCCAGGAUGUGCAAUCUGAAGUUUUCCAGUGGAGGAAAAUAGAGCAUUCUCCAGACCCCUUGGCUCUGGGGUCCCUGGAUAUGCCCUGCCCUGAAGGAGUUCAGGUCAAGCAAGAGUGUGAUGAAGCCUGCUGGGACCUUGACUUUCUCCUGAGCAACUUUUCUGUUUCGGAACCAGUCACUAAUGCUUCUCGGGCAGGCCAAGAAGAAGAACAACCCUUGAUGUCUGCUCCCUCUCGGAUGGGAACCUUUGAGGACGGAACUAGAGGAAGUCACAGGGCUCCAGAUGUUUCUGGGUUGCCAGAUGUGGACACCAAAUUCCUACCAGGGGAGAACACUAUGAACUGUGUCCCUGCCUUGCACAGUUACACCCAGGAGGCAAGAGAUCCCAGUAAGGGCCAAGUACCCUUUAGCCAGGAGCUGCAUCAGUGUAUUGCUCAGGCAGACUGUGGGGCACCUGAUCUAGUUGGACAGCAUAAUGGGGAGCCAAAGCAGAUAGCUUACAGCCGGUAUUACCAGUUGGCCUAUGUACACCCAUUUCCCCCUUUAUUAGGCAAGCAUACGCCUUAUAGUCAGCUACCGUUGGUACAGUCACAGCUGCAACACUGCAGUCUGCUGAGUAGCUGCCAUCCUUUCUACCAUGACCAGUAUCAAGCCAGACUUCAGCUGUACCAGACAGAGUCCUCUCUGCCCACUUCACCUCUUCUUGGCCUCAUGACGCCUCCUUUGCCUGCUGCGGAGGCUGCAGCCAAGCCUAAGAAGAACCAUAAGUCCUGGCCACGCAAGCGCCCUGCCAGCCACAUCUGCAGUCACCCCAGCUGUGGGAAGACCUACACCAAGAGCUCCCAUCUCAAGGCCCAUCUCCGCACCCACACAGGUGAGAAGCCAUAUCACUGCACAUGGGAAGGGUGUGGCUGGAAAUUUGCCCGCUCAGACGAGCUGACUCGCCAUUAUCGCAAGCACACCGGGCAGCGCCCAUUCAAGUGUUGCCUCUGCCAACGUGCUUUCUCCCGCUCAGAUCACCUCUCCCUGCACUUGAAGAGACAUGUAUAAUUGAUGCUGAAACUGCAGACUGCACUGGAUGUUCUGAGCUCCCAGGAUGGGGACUGAUGGUGGGGUGAAGGAUAGCUGGGAAUUGAUACCUUCAUCUGGCCCCUCUGUAAGAGAAUAGCUGUGCUCUAUGUGCACUUAUUUCCAAGAAAUGGGGAAAUAGGGUUUAAGUGAGGUAGUGGUCUUGGUCACCUUUUUGGGAUUCAAAAUAAUUUUCUUUCAUCUUUCUCCCCCUGCCACCACCACCCGCCCAACAUUUAUACAACUCCUGCCCAUAGGGCCAAUGCUCAUUUACUAUAUGACUUGUUUUGCAACAGAACCUCAAAAAGGACCUCCUUGCUUGUCUUUAAUAACUUGUUCUGGAUUGUUCCCAAUAUGUGCCAGUGGUACUGGCAUUUGGGAAUAGAGCCACCUUCUCCUUUUUUCAGUUUUUUUUUAAACUACCAUAUUAUCAUCAAGCAGAGCAUGGUCAAGUCAAGUUUUAUUUACGGUCCUAGACCAAACAAUCCAUGCAUGCAAACAGCAGAACAGAGCAUGGUCUUCAGCAGUACUCUGUCAACUUCUCUUUUUGGUGUGUCCUGCUAAUAUAUGUUAAUGCCCAAGCAAUGCAGAGGGGAGGCGGGGGGGGGGGUGGCUACUUCAAGGCAAGCCUGGGAUCAGAGGUACCAAGUCCAGCAGGUUUUAAAAAUAUAUCCUGUGUAUGAAAUGGAAACUGGAGCAAUAGUGCCCUCUAUGGGUAAGGACUGCAGCUUUUUGUAUCAAACUGAAUUGACUGAAGAAAUACUGCUCACAAUAAAAACAGGCAGCACUUGU